UAUAGGCUUUCAGGUAUCAUAUAUUUUGGAGGAUUCCACUUCACCUGUAGGAUAAUCACUGCAGAUAGCCACAUAUGGCACAAUGAUAGCAGAGAGAUGGGUUCAAAGUGCAAAUCAGAGGGUAAAUUCAAAGCAACUGAAUCACAUAUGCUCAAGAAAUUAGGCAGUAGGAAUAUGACUGUGGCCAUUUACACCAGGCUA